UUUGGCUCUUGCGGAAAUGAAGCUGCGAUGGCCGUCGUCGGGAUGGGUCAGGUCGGUGGUUGAUCCGCUGCACAAGCGCCUUGACAAGGCAUCCGAACGACCGAAGAUGUUUUUGCAGUGGCGCCGUCGCAAGUCCACGGUCAGCGUGACCGACGACGAGGAACUUGCGCCACCAGCAGUCAUGCCGACCUCGGUCGACCCAUCGAUCGAAGCGACUCCGUCUCCAAAGCAGAAAGUCGCCGUCCCCGUCAAGAUUCCCCUUGAGCACUUGUAUAAGCGGGAAACGUUCGUUGGUGGCAAAAAGAUCCCAUACACGAGGCUUCAAACCAAGCAACGACGCAUGCGCAUGAUUAUCUACGAUCGCAUCCACGAAGACAAAGCGGUCCAUGUAUUUUGACGAACGGUUCACGUCCAGAAUGCACCGACUGCGUCGACCCCGCCUCGCGAAUAUCUGACCGCAACUCCGCCGUGUCGCACGCGCCAAGAGUUGUCGACCUCGCCGAUCGCCAUACGAUGGCCACGCAUCGUGCAUGCAAGCGCAUGCUGUCCGUCCUCAAUAGAGCAUGACUCAACCAUUUUCCGUGGAGGAGAGCUGGAAUUCGGUGCAUCCUCUCGAUGGCUGCACAGCCACAUGUGUGCAUUUUAUGUAGUAGGAGCGAGCGGCCGUCGAUUCUGUCGGCAGCUGCAGGGGUGAUGGUAGCGUCUACUUGUAGCACUAAUGUAGCAGACAAUGAAACUGCGGUGGCCCCAAGCUUGCCCACGCAGAUCCGCC